CGAGAUUCUACUCUGAGAACCCCGACUUGUGAUUUCGAGCAGCUUAUUCCGCGAUGGAUGAGAUACUAUGGGCUCGACAAGUAGCAACCCCAACCACGGCUUCGGCUAGUACAACCUCUUCCCCCCAGGCUGCAAAUCUUGAAACCGCUCUUCCUUCCUCACCUGGUGCCAAUCCUACGUCGAGCUUAGCAAACACACCCGGAAACUCCGAAGCCGCUCUUCCCUCGUCAUCUGUUGUCAAUCCUACCUCGAACUCGGAAUCCAGCAGCGUCGCAGAUGCUACAAGUAGCUUCUUUGCCACGUCAGCCCUGCAGUCGUCCUCGAGUUCUGAGUCUAGUAGUGUUGCAACCGCUUCAAGCACUUCCGAUAUACAGCAUCCGAGCAGUGGACUAAGCGAUGGGGGCCUUGCGGGCGCAAUUGUAGGGUCUAUCUUAGGGACCUUUAUCUUCACGCUACUGGGCGCUUUCCUUUUCUUUCGUCGCGGUAGACAGAACAAGUCCCACUCCGAGAGGACCCUAGUGACAUCCCCGGACAUCACGAAAGGACUGGAACAGACCUACUCUCACCCUAUUCAGUCAUCACUGCUGUCCACGAACGGGACACAGGCAUCUCAUUCAGUUCCUGUCGGGGCACAAUAUCUCAACUUAAGCGCAUAUAUCCCACAACCGGCAGAUGACGGUACUGUGUCUUCGCGCAUCCAGACUUUAUUUGAUCAGGCCAGUCUUCAUGUCGACAACUAUUACUCUACAAGACUUACUAAGCUCGAAUUGUCGCAAGACGUCACCCAUAGCAUCGAACACUAUGAUUCCACUUUCCUGCCCGCUCCGCUUACCACCAUGCUCUCUAACUCAAGGGCGAAAAGGAGCGUGCUCACCCAUGUCUUGGUUCGAAAGUUACUGCAAGCCAUUCAGCCCGGGAAUGAACCAGAGUGCUUGCUUCCGGUGCUUUACGCGUCAGGUCCACGACUGACGCCAGAUAACGGUGACGACCGUGCUAUAUUCGCUUGGCGAAUGCUCACGGCAUAUCUCCAUAGGGCAGGAGGUCCGGGCCAGGAAACAAUUCCUAUUGACCCUCCAGAAGAUGCAAUAAGGUCUUUUGCCGAGGAUUUCACCUCGACGUUUGCACCAUACAGUGACUCUCAGUUCCCGGAUUCAGACCGGUUUGCACACCUAACCAGGGUGUUUAGAGCAGCGUCUGAUCUUGGAGCGUGGCUGUUCUCUCAACCGUGCACCUUUGACUUUCGCUGGGAUACAAGUUCAACCCCACCAGGCCAGACUGUCGUACUUCCGGCGGUGGUGAAGGUGUCCGAUGAGUUGGGUCAGCGGUUGUUGGCGCCUCAGACGUUGGUGGAGAGAACUGUUGCUCGGAUUUAAGAGGAAUUUUCCUCACGGAUUGGUAGACUCGCUGACGCGUAUUGUAUUCUGUCUGAAAUUUGUAUACGUGAUAUUUCGUGAUGAGCUAUUUUAUCUUGCGACGAUUUGUUGGGAAUGAUUCGAGUAAACUAGGAUCGUUAGUUAUUCUGUGACGGUGUACAACCCAUAAUUCGCUGCAAAGAAAGCUGGUUAUAUACACACACAGAGAAGAAAAAAAAAAAAAAGAAAAAA